AGGUACUGUCUCAAUAAUCUUCCGAAGGAAGGCAUCUUCGACGUCUAACCCAUUCGAGCUCUGCAUCGCUUGCCAUCAAAACGCGGGAAGACGCUAAGGCCUAAGAGUUAGUCCUUGCUAGGCGCCAACGAAGAAGAGUUGUAGCUCGACAUUGUUGGUAGCAGAUGUGAACUUUCCGGCUAGGAUUGUGGACGGCGAGCUUCCCGACGAAGACUAUUCAUGGCGCAAUAUGCGGUGUGUUGAAGUUGAGGGAGAAGAAGCGUUAGUGUAGUUACAUGCACGAGGAGGUGACCCAUCAUCAUCAUCAUCAUCAUCAUCCGAUUUUUUUUUUGCUUUUCAAUUAAAAAAAUGGCGAUAGAACUUGAUCGGUCGCCUUCAAAGUUCAAAGUUCAACCAUGGCGGACUUGGUACAUUGAAGUUUGACGCCGUUUCCGAAUGUUCCAAGAAACCGCGGCAAAAGUCUCACCGGCCAUUCCAAAAAACCUACAAAAUCCCCUUCUUCCCACAAUGCGCAAGUCCAUCCAAGAAACCCUAAAGACAUGAUCUUGGAACUCGCAGCGGCGCUGGAGGAGCAACGGGAAUCGCCACAGUGUUUGCGAACCCUAGCGAGGAGCGCCGUGGAGGAUGUGAUGCUGAUUCCGCCUCCCAAUUUCGGGGUAGUAGACAGGGGCAUCUACCGCUCGGGGUUCCCUGCCGCCGAUUGCCUCCCCUUCUUGGAGGCUCUCGAGCUGCGAUCCAUCGUGUGCUUGUGCCCGGAUCCAUACUCAGAGGAGAAUGCUGAGUUCGUCAGAUCACACGGGAUUCGGCUCUUCCAGUUUGGGAUCGAAGGGAGCAGGGAGUCCAUAAAUGAUUCUAGUUAUACCAUCAUGGAGGCUCUCAGAGUCUUGCUCGAUGCAAGGAAUCAUCCAAUUCUGAUACACUGCAAAAGAGGAAAGCACCGGACUGGUUGCGUCGUAGGCUGCUUCAGGAGAUUACAAAACUGGUGCAUGACCUCUGUGCACGAAGAAUAUGUAAAAUUUGCAUCCACCAAGGCCCGGCCAUCAGACAUGGUCUUUAUUGAGAAAUUUGAUAUUUCACAGAUGAUGGAGUGUGUUUUCGGGAUAAUAUACCGGUACCAUUUUUCUGGCCACCAGGCUCGGCGCCUUGUUUAUCAAAAGAUAUCUUGAAUUUGCAAGGUAGUAGCAUACCUCAAAUGUGCAGAGAUUGGGAGGUGUAACUUAGAAUUAGAUAUUGAUUUAUCUUGUCUUGACUAGGAGCAUGCACCAAGAGUCUGCUCAAACUUCUUGCUGUUAGAUAUUUUUCUUGUUGUAUUUGUCCUUAGCAAUUGAUAUGAGAAGCCCUUGGUGGGAAGUUUUGUAGGUUUAAAUACUCCAUUUCAUGAGGCAGAGUUGUUGUCAUUGUCUAGAAAGUUUGACAUUUUGAUAGAUUUA